UGCUCGAGCAGCAACGUAUGUUGGAAGUAUUCUACCCCCUUGAAGGUCCAAUUACGCUCAAACACAAAUAACUACAGCCAUACCUCUCCUAAAGCUGGCCAUAAAAAAUGAAGCAUCCAAAUUCUCCUGAGGGGAGAGUCUAUCGUUUGAAAGAGAGACAGAAAUGGAGUCAAGAUGCCAAGGACAGCGUUCAUGUACCGCGAAUCAUCUUGAGUCACAAGGUUAUCGUCGUAGGCAAGUCGGAGAACAAGCGGGGAUGGUGGGAAAUUGCCACGAUAACAACGACGGUCAACGAGCAUGUGAGCCCUGAUUUAUAUGUCCCAAUCGCCCCAACACGAAAAGAUCGAAAAACCGGUAUGCAGUUGCGGCUGUGCGAUGAUUCCUUGGGUGUGGCCGGCCUACCUUAUCGCUCUUUCUUGAGGAUCGAUGCGGUUCAUGAAGUACCAUUGGAAGUUCUAGAAGGAGAGUUGAGCUGGGGGAGACAGCUGGAACUAAAGGCACAGUCCUAUCGCAACUUAUUAAGUUUCAUGAGAAGGAAGGGGUUCAAGAAAUAAAGCCAUCGGAUCAGGGUGCCGACCGAAGUCAUUGGUGUUCUAGGGCAGUGGCCGCGACUGGCUGAGUGUUACGCAUCGGCCUGCCGGCGGUCUGAGAGGCCGCGGCUGGCACAGCCGGUCGGGAUCAACGGCUGGGCCGCUGAUCGAGGGUUUUCGUAUGUCGUGAUUGGGAACCGGGGAUAUACACGGCCGGGUAACCAGGUGGGACGGUCUAUAUAAUUUGUAUGACGGCAGCCAGGGAUUAAAACGAUGUUGACUUCCCAUAAUUGACAUUCUCUAUGCAUUAUUGUUCUAA